GUGGCCGUUUAUCCCACCAGAAGGAUUCCUCCAACGUGGUGGAGAUUCCUCCAACUUGGAAACUUGUGUUUGUGUGUGCUUUCACCUGCAAAUUAUUUCACCACCCUCACGUAGCUUGGACUAAAAACAAACAAAAAAAGAGAAAACUGGUCUUACUUAUGAGUUGGUGUUAGGGAGACGCUUGCGUGCCCGCGUUUCCUGCAUGCUUGCGUGCCUGACCCCCUGCUCAUUGGCCUGCCUGCCUGCCAGCCUGCCAGCUUGUCUGCCAGCUUUGCGCUCUCUCUUCAUGGCCGCUGCUCGUUUCACCGCCGCACAGGUUCUAGAGCAGAUUUUUUUAAGCCAAUCUAAUGACGACUCUGAACCAGAAGAGGAAUCUGAGGAAGACGUGUCAAGUGAAGAAGAGAAAGAAAAAGGAGAAGCAGAAGAAGCAGAUACAGCAGGACCAGAAACAGAUGAAGGACAAAAAGACAGCGAGGGAUGUGAUCUAAGGCUGGACACUUCAGAUGAAGAAGUUGAUGAUGAAGAAUAUAAUGAUGAUGAUGAUGAUGAUGAUGAUGAUGAUGAUGAUGAUGAUGAUGAUGAUGAUGAUGAUGAUGUUGAUGAUGAAGAUGAUGAUGAAAUAAUAGAAAAUGUGCAAAGACUGGAGCAAAUAGAACUCGAGGAUGAGGAUGAAGAAGAAGAAAAAGAAGAAGAAGAAGAUAAAACUUUUAUCUCUAAAGACGGGAAAAUAAAAUGGUCCUCCGCUGUGUUUCGCAAUGGCGAGGAAGCGAGGAACGUCCCUCUUAGUCCUCUUUCUGCCCAGGGACCCACAGAGUACGCGGCGGCUCAGGCGGUCGACUUUGAAUCGACCUUCCGCAUGUUUGUGACCCCGGCGGUGGAAAGGAUCGUCCUGGAGAACACCAACCUGGAGGGCUCUCGAAAGCUCGGGAGCGCCUGGAAGGGCAUGGACGAGGUCGACCUGCGAGCCUACUUGGGCCUCCUGAUUUUGUCCGGCGUCUACAGGUCCCGAGGGGAGGCCGUGGCCAGCCUGUGGGACGCCGAGAGCGGCAGGGCCAUUUUUCGCGCCACGAUGUCGCUCAAGGUGUUUCACGCUUACUCAAAGCUGUUGCGUUUCGACGAUCGCCAAACUAGACCCGCCAGGCGAGCGACGGACAAACUGGCAGCCGUGAGAGAGGUCUGGGACGCGUGGGUGGAGCGGCUGCCCAGCCUCUACGACCCGGGUCCUAACGUGACGGUGGACGAGCAACUGGUACCUUUCAGAGGUCGUUGCUCUUUCAGACAGUACAUGCCUAGCAAGCCAGCAAAAUACGGCCUCAAGUUUUGGGUGGCGUGCGACGCCAAGUCCAGCUACGCUUGGAAGAUGCAGCUUUACACAGGCAAGCCAGGAGGAGGAGGAGGAGGAGAAAAGAGAGCUUCUGAAAAAAAGCAGGGCCAGCGGGUCGUGCUGGACGUCACAGAAGGGCUCGCCGGGCCUCGCAACGUGACGUGCGACAACUUUUUCACUUCCUACGAACUGGGCCAGCGGCUCCUGCGCAGGGAGCUCACCAUGCUCGGUACGGUUCGCAAGAACAAGCCGGAAUUGCUGUCGGCUCUCCUCUCGGUCAAGGGCAGGAGCGCCUUCUCCUCCGCGUUUGCCUUCACUCCCAGCACCGUCCUGGUGUCCUACGUGCCCAAGAAAAACAAAAACGUGAUCCUGAUGAGCAUGCUACACUCGGCCGCCACGGCCGCCGACGAUGUCCUCCUCGUUGACGCAGGACGGCGGGACAAAAAGCCCUUUGCCGUCCUAGACUACAACGCCACAAAGGGAGGAGUAGACAACCUGGACAAGGUGAUAGGAACCUACAGCUGCAGGAGAAAGACGGCGCGCUGGCCCGUGGCGGUGUUUCACAACGUCCUAGACGUGUCUUGCUACAACGCUUUUCGACCUGUCACCGGUUCGUCCAACUUGAAAAAUCCUUCAACCUGGCAGUUUAUCCCACCAGAAGGAUGCCUCCAACGUGGUGGAGAUUCCUCCAACUUGGAAACAAGACCCCACACGCACGCACGCACGCACACACACACACACACACACACACACACACACACACACACACACACACACACACUUUCUCCACUUUAUCCAACGUGAAAAAUCCUCCAACACGGCAGUUUAUCCCACCAGAAGGAUUCCUUCAGCGUGGUGGGAAAAAAUCAUCUAACCUGGGGGGAGAGUCGGGACCUGUCACCGGUUCGUCCAACUUGAAAAAUCCUCCAACCUGGCAGUUUAUCCCACCAGAAGGAUUCCUCCAGCGUGGUGGGAAAAAAUCAUCUAACCU